AUGGCACACCUGGCAAGUGCAGCGGAGGAGGUGGGCCAGCUCUUGACGCGGCACCACGGCGGUCUGGACUGGCCGGCGCUUCUCGGCUCCCUGCGCCAGCUCGCGUUCGACGUCAACCAGAGCGGAACCACGACCACGACCGCGGGAGCCGUCGCCGCAGAGAAGGUGCGCCCGCUGGCCGACCUGUUCGUCGAGGUGUUCGCCCUGUCGUCCAAGAUAUCGCUCGUGCUCGACGAUGCGGGAGUGACCGACCGCGUCGCCGCCAUCUUCGCGCGGCACGCCGACCCGGCCUCGCUGGCCAUCGCACCACCCUCGGCUGCGGCGGCGGCGGGCGGUGAGAAGAACAUGGACGGCCUGGUGCAGGACUUUGCCGAAGUGGUGGAGCUGGCCUCGGUCACGACCCUGCCCACGCUCUACGCCACGGUCACCAACGACUUCUUCGCCGGCCUGCGCAGCCUCCAGGGCGAGUCCGCCGGAGGUCAGGAGCUCCUGGCCCGCGCGCUGCAGUACCUGGCCAGCAAGUCCGACCAGAGCCAGGGCUAUCAAAUACUGGGCGAGGACAAGCCUUACUUGAGCGGCCACUUCUUCAACUCGGAGGAGAAAGGCGUGUACUUGUACAACGGCUCCUUUGGUCUGCUGCAGGUGGGCAUCCCGCCCGAAACCAUCAAGACCUACAUGAGCAAGGGCCAGCCCGUGCCGCACAUCUACGUGCUGCCUCCCCGCUUGUUCAUGGGCGCCGUCAAUUUUGGCGAAGUCGAGUUCCCCAUCUACUUCAACUUCUUCAUCAAGAAGGCGUUCCAGAACCCUGACCUUCGAGUGAUCAUGAUCGGUACCAAGGAUCAGUUGGAAAAGGUCAGAGUGUCCUUCCAGGAGUCGGUGUUUGGCCCCGAGGAACACCACCUUUACAUCGACGACGAAAUCGGAGAGGCCAAGAAGGCGGAGGGCUACAAGGUCGACUUCACGGCCGAGCGUGGUUUCCUCGCCUACAAGGACAAGAGCGGAAAGCAGCCGCCGCUCAGCCACUUUGCCGACUUCAAGGUGUUCGAUGAGAACGGCGAGGUCGACUUCACCCACAAGUACGAAGGCCAGGACAGCAGCGAGGCCAAGACCGUGCAGAUCCGCGUCGUACAGCGGAACCAUCUACUUCGAGUCUAUGAGGACGGCGUGUUGGGCGGCAUUAUGGAGACCAACGCGAGCGACCGGAUCGGCACGAAUGGCGGCGGCAGCGGUGUCGACAAGGCGGACGACGCGGCCGCUCCCGUGUUGGAGCCGUUCGAGCCGCCGGUGUUUGGCAUCACCUUCAUCGGCACUUCCCACGGAUUCGACGCCAAAGGUCGAACGACGGGUUUCAUCAUUUGGCUGAACGGGUACGGUGUGCUGGUCGAUCCGCCCAUGCAGACCACCGAUUCCUUCGCCGCCACGUACGGAAUCCACCAUCGCUUCGUGACCAAGGUGAUACUCACGCACUGUCACAGCGACCACGACUCGGGCGUGAUCCAGAUGAUCCUCGAAGGCGAGAAGAUAGAGCUGUACACGACGAGAACGGUCAACGAGAGUUACAAGCGCAAGGUCAACGCCAUCACCGGCUUGGCCGACGUAGGGGAAUACUACACCUUCAGGCCGGUGCUGAUCGGAGACAAGGUGAACAUCCACGGGGCGGAGUUCGAGUUCGACUACAGCUUCCACACGGUGCCCACCGUUCGCUUCAAGCUCUCGUUCCUCGGCAAGAGCAUCUCCUACUCCUCCGACACCUACUACAACCCGCAGGCUCUGGCGAGUUUGGUGUCGCAAGGGAUCAUCAACUACCAGCGCGAGAUCUCGCUCCGCAUGUUCCUGUUCGAUGCCGACAUGAUCAUCCACGAGUCGGGCAGCAUCAAGAAGAAGCUGUACAUCGUGCACUGCUCGGGCAUCCCCGAGUACGUGGAGACCGAGACCUCGGAGGGCAACAAGCUGCGCGUCAAAGUCACCCACCUCAAGCGCCCACAAACCGAAGAAACGGUGGCGUUGGCGGUGUCCAAGUAUGCCGAGGGCUACUCGCGCGCGAGCUUGCUGUUCAGAAUGUUCUGCGACGUGUGGUACUUCCGCAACCUCAGCCCGGCGCGCGUGUCCCGCCUCUUCUCCGCGUGUACCGAGGAGACCCGCCAGCCGGGCGACGUCGUCGUCAAGUCAGGCGAGCAGAGGCGGCUGGUUCGGUCUUUGGGGCGGGGCCAGUUCUUCGGCGAGUCCGCGUUGGGCUGCGACCACCAGGCCAAGCGGACCGCCACCGUAGUCGCCCGCACGGGCGUCACCCUCUUGUCCCUGCCCAGCGCCAUGUUCCGUGAGUCGCAGAAGCAGGCCGAGCUGGCCUACGUGCACGCAACGCCGGUGGAAGUCGACCUGGAGCGGGUGCGCAAGUACCGCCAGUUCGUGUGCAGCUCCCUGUGUCGGUCCUAUCUCUUCUCCAGCCUCUACGGCGAGCAGCUCGAGGCCAUCGCCGCCUCCAUCGACGACAGGGAGCGGGUCUAUCACAAGAACGAGGUGGUGUUCAGGCAGGGCGACCUCGAGCCCUCAUUCUUCCUCAUCUACAAGGGCUCCAUCCGCCUCGAGAAGACCAACCCCGACGCGCCGGCCGAUGAUGCGUCGGUGGAGUUCAUGCGGCUGGGCGUGGGCGACUCCUUCGGCGAGAUGUCCCUCAUCACCGGCCUGCCGCGGUCGGCAACGGCCAUCGCCUGCGAGGACACGACGCUCCUGGAGCUCAACCGAGAUCGCUUCGAGUCGUUGCUUGCUCAGUACCAGAAUAUCCGCUACCACGUCAUGCACGUCGUCUCUGAACGCCUCAAGGAGUCGCAGAAGUUUGAUGAGCACAUCCGCAAGCGGGCCAGCAGCCCCAGGGCAAGCACCAAGGAAUGA